AUGUCACUCACGCAGGCUCCAGUCACCGGUGGUCAAGAGUUGUUCAUUCUAGGAAAAAAUUUGGGCAAGGAUUGUCACGUCUGGUUUCGUCAGAUCGCUCCACCGUCGUCCGACUCAGCUCUGUGUGCAGAUCGCAUCAAAUUGGAGAUGAACAAUUCGUCCAGUACAGACCACUCGGAUCAUUCGCCCUCCAGAUCGGGGUUGGUGAGUGAAAUAGAUAGCAAAGUGCCCUACUCAUGGCAAGCUGAAGCGAUUCUUGAGUCGGAGUUUUUGCAUCAAACUCAUGUCAUUUGUCGUGUGCCGGCAUAUGACGGACCGUCACUGCCGAUCACCGAACCGUUAGAAGUGGAAUUGGUCAUUUCAUCCGGUGAACGAUACAGUGUGCCCCACCCUUUCAUAUAUACUCCUCCAGCUCGGUGUACUGUGAAAUCCGAUCAUUGCUCGAACCAGAUCCAGUUCAAUACCGUUAUUUCUGGUCAAGAUUACCCCGACUGCUUUUCAGAUGAUGCGCUGGGUGUUGGGCCUGGGGGAAAAAUAGAAGUGGAACCGGUGAACACUACGUGCACUCUCACCGACACAAGUAUUGCCAGUGUUUCGGAGUUCAAAAAUUCCUCCUGUUCUUUGGGCAUCAACAAUCAUUCUUUCCAUCUAUUCAAUUCAUAUUCAUCCUCUCAAUUAGACAACCAUGGACUCGUUCAACCGAGCUCAUCAUUGCAAAUGUACCAAUUAAACGAGAGUCAAUCCAACUUUACCGGUUCAGAACAGAGCGGAGGCAAUCCGGAAAAUCCCAUGGAUCGUGCGCCGUUACCCGCCUACGCCUUGCAUUCGGUCCCGNUCCCUUGUAUUGUCCGAUUCCAUACCGGUCUCCCUUUGCACUCCACCACCAGUGCAAUAUUGAUGAUUUAUCUCUGCCUCUCUUUGUGCGUGGCAACCAUACGUGCUUUUGCCGACCGUCGAGCCAAUAUGCUACCUGGUGACCUCCAUCGUCUGAUCAGCUCUGGACUCGAANAUUAG